AUGCUUGCUCAGCAGCCACUUUGUUUACCGAAGAAUCGACAAAUGAGUACUCACUUAUAUUAUCAUUAUUUAAAGAAAAUUGUUAGCAAACAUGCUUCACAGAUUGUUUGCCUUCAUUUAUCUGAACGAAAUGCACCAUGUGCAGUAGAUUAUUUUCUGCCUGAAGUGCCAUUAAAUGAACUCACCUGGCCAUCAUUGACCAUUGAAGAUGUUUCACAUAAUGUCCUUGAAGUACUGCUUUAUCAUUCUUCAUUAUUAUCUAAAAUUCAUUCAUUAUCACUCGAUGUCGGUUAA